AUGUGGAAGAACUCAAGCCUCCGCUGCCUUUUAGCACUAGCUAUUUUAUGCUUAAGAAGCUUAAUGUAUGGCCAAGAGAUAGGCUCUCCAGGGGACCCCCAGAAUUUGAAAUGUGUAACGCACAAUUUACAUAAAAUGCUCUGUACUUGGGAUGUCUCUUCUAGAGGAAGACAUGGACAAACUGACUUUUGCUACACUACCAAUGGCCUUACCCCUCAAGUGUGUUUUAAAACUAAGGAGAGAAGAGUUGAGAUUCCAAUCCCAGAGAGCUCCAUCACAGUGACAAUCAAAAGCUCUGGAACUGCUUUUGCUACCAGAGAAUUUGUAAUUCACCAGAAAGACAUCUCCUUUGUUCCUGUCACUCCACACAUUCUUAGUUUAAUGCCUGACUUUCCAACUUCCACAUUGAAUCUGAAGUGGAGUGAUAAUGGAUCGAUCUUCCCAUAUGGACUGGAUGCCCUUUGGCAGAUUCAGAUACUCCGAAAAGAAGCUAUGGAGGUAGUCACACAAGUUACUUACUACUCAAAACUGACUCAUGAAGAUGCCAUUCUUUCUUGGAGCUGGACAUCAGAUAUGCCUUUGGAGUGCACAUCACACUAUGUGAAGAUUCGCUGUUACAUUAAUGCAACACAGUUUGUUGGCCCCAAGGAUUGGAGUGACUGGAGCCCAGCAAAAGUAAUCCCUGGAAAAGAUACCGAGCCUGGUGGAAGUGGAGUGUUUCCUCUGGACCGUGUGGUGGCAGUAGGUUCAGAUUUGGUGUUUUGUUGUGUCCAUGAAGAAGAUGAGCACAUAAAAAAUAUGACUUAUGGAUCGAAAUCCUAUACAAUGAUGCAACUGAGCCGUCGAAGCCAUGCCAUCAGAGUGCUAAAUGCCAGUGUUUCAAAUACCAGCGGAACAAAUGUAGUGUGCAGACUCGAAAAUGGGUUGGAAGGAAGUGUCGUGUUUGUAGGAUAUGCUCCUGAUAUUCCCCAAAACCUCAGCUGUGAAACACCCAACUUCCUGAUAAUAAAAUGCAGCUGGAAACCAGGCAGGCCCAGUGGACUAUAUGGAGAACGAAGAACAAAGUACAGUUUAUUUGAAAGAACAUCUGGUAAAAAUGUUUCAUGCGAAGUCAAUGAAAUGAACAGAGACCAUGUAUGUGGCUUUCCAGUACUGCCUGAUCAAAAAACCUAUGAUUUCAUAUUAGGUGUCUCCAAUCCUAUCGGGCAAGCACAGUCAUCUCUUUUGGUUGAUAUAACUCAAAGAGUUCAUCCGAAUGCCCCAGAAAAGUUAACUAUUACUGGGAACAACUCUACAAGCAUCCAACUGCGUUGGUUUAUAAAUGGCAACUUUGCUGAGACCAGGCUUCUGUGUCAAAUUGAAAUUAGCAGUAGUCACUCUGAGAGAAAACUGCACAAUGUCUCCAUACCUGGGCGGAAAUCUUCAACUUAUACAGCUCAGCUGAAUGCACUGCGCCCUGACACCAAAUACCAGCUCAGGGUGCGCUGCUCGGCUGCUGACCACUUCUGGAGGUGGAGUGACUGGAGCAGGGGGGUGGAGCAGACUACAUCAGAAGCCCCUCCUGCAAGAGGACCGGAUAUCUGGAGAGAGAGAAGUCCUUCGGGUGAAAGCGUAAUAGUCUUCUGGAAGCCCUUAUCCCUUUCUGAAACCAAUGGAAAAAUAGUGUCUCAUGAAGUGUCCUGCUACCUGCUAGAGAGGCUACUGGAGCGUAAAGUAGUCUCUGAACCCUCAAACAGUACUGAGAUAAAACUUGGAAAAAGUGACUGUGUAAUUAGCGUUGUUGCCAGAAACCAUGCGGGCUCAUCUCCUCCUUCAAGGAUAACAAGCGUGGAACUUCCAAGUGACAAUGUCACAACAGAUCAGGCCGUGGCGAUGGGCAAUGGAAUUAAUAUUUCUUGGGAUUCUUACCCCAACAUGACGUGUGGCUACAUAGUAAAAUGGUGUCAUUCAUCUGGGUCUGAACCCUGUAGUGUGGACUGGCAGAAGUUUCCUUCAAGUACAACAAAUGCAGUGAUAAAAUCUGCUCUCUUCAAACCUGGCGUGAGAUACAACUUUUCUCUGUAUGGCUGCAAAUCCAUGGGAUAUCAGUUGUUGAAAAACAUAACUGGGUAUAUGAAAGAGCUGCCUCCAAAAACUGCACCAAAUUUUAUUGUUGAAGAAACUUCUUCAGAUUCUAUAUUGGUAAAAUGGGAAGACAUUCCUAUUGAAGAAUGCAGAGGAUUUCUAAAAGGAUAUCUUCUUUCCUUUGCAAAAGGUGAAAAAGAUGCUUUAAAGCCUAGACUUUCAGAAUCAGGAAAUCCAGAACUUAAAGUUAACAAUAUCACUGACUUAACAAAGAAGUCUAUGAAAAUACUUGAUCUUCAAGGCAAAACGAGUUACCAGCUGGAACUACAAGCCUACACUGCUGGUGGAUUGAGCCCUCCAAACAGCCUCUAUGUGGUGACAAAGGAAGACUCUGUAGGAUUAAUCAUUGCAAUUCUCAUCCCUGUUGCAGUGGUGGUGCUGCUUGGAGUGUUGGCCAGCAUCUUCUGCUACCGAAAGAGGGAAUGGAUUAAAGAAACAUUUUAUCCAGAAAUCCCAAAUCCUGAGAACAGUAAGGCACUGCAGUUUCAGAGGAACAUCUGUGAGGGGAGUAAGACACUUAAAACACUGGAAAUGAACCCAUGCACCCCCAACAGUGUUGAAGUGGUGGAAACACAGUCCACAGCUCCAAAGAUUGAAGACACAGAGAUGAUGUCCCCAGCAGCAGAGACCACUGUGCCUGAAGAUGGCUCUGACUCAGAAAUGGAAAACCAUGUUGUUGUCUCCUACUGCCCCCCUAUCAUUGAAGAGGAGAUCUCAAAUCCCCCUGCAGAUGAACCUGGAGGGUCAUCUCAGGUGGUUUACAUUGACAUCCAGUCAAUGUAUCAGCCUCAAAUUAAACCAGAGGAGGAGCCAGAAAUAGACUUAGUGACUACAGCAGGCUAUAAGCCACAAAUGCAGCUCUCUAUCAGUGCUCUGAAAAUAGAGGGCCAUUCACCUGUGGAGGAAGAAUUGGAUAAAACUGCAGGUUAUAGACCUCAAGCAAACACAAAUGCGUGGAACAUGGGCACUCCAGACUCUCCUGGAUCAGUUGAAAGCAACAAUGAAAAUGCAUCUUUUGGGAGCCCAUGUUCAAUUAAUUCCCGACAGUUUUUGCUUCCCCCAAAAGAUGAUGAAGACUCUCCUAAACCCAUUAACACAGGGUGGUCCUUCACACACUUUUUUCAGAACAAACCAAAUGAUUAA